CGUUCAACAGCUCAAGUGCGCACAUCGUUUUCAGAAAGCAGUCGGCGAGAGGAAUUUCUGAGAAGUGCUAGUCUUGCACUUUUUUGUUUUUACAACAUGGAUGGAUCCGAUUUGAUGGACUUUUUCGACUUUUCGAAAGAUUUUAAGCGUGGUCCAGUAGUUAAAGGCUGCAUAACUGGCGAUCCAAAUAUACUCGCUUUGGAAACUCAAGAUUCCAAGCCCAUUAAACGCGAGAUUGUCGGUACAGAUUAUGUUAAUGAAAUCGUCGAAAAAGAGAAGGAACUUAUGAACAAACUAAGCAGCGAUGGACCAAGUUCUAAGCGCAACAAAACACUCGAUGAUAUUGAGAGCGACGAUGACGACGAUGAAAUUGAGGAAUUGCCCCGCGUACGCUCAGAUGAAGAGUACUAUGCAAAGUAUCGUUUUGAUUUGAAUCGCAACAAGAAUCUGCCAAUUUAUGCACAGCGCGAAGAGAUUGUGGCAGCCAUCAACGAUAAUCCCGUUGUUAUAUUGAAAGGAGAGACUGGCUGCGGCAAGACAACUCAGGUGCCGCAAUAUAUUUUGGAUGAAGCCUUCAAACGGCGCGAAUUUUGUAAUAUAGUUGUAACACAGCCCCGUCGUAUUGCUGCCAUCUCGAUUUGUAAGCGUGUUUGCCAAGAACGGCAAUGGCAACCGGGAACUGUGUGCAACUAUCAGGUUGGCCUGCAUCGUUCGUCCAAUUUGGAAGACACUCGACUGUUGUAUUGCACCACAGGUGUAUUAUUGAACACUCUCAUACACCAGAAGACACUCACCCAUUACACUCACAUUAUUCUGGAUGAGGUGCACGAACGAGAUCAGGAUAUGGAUUUUUUGCUGAUUGUUGUACGUCGCCUGCUGGCGCUCAAUUCCCGACAUGUUAAAGUCAUCCUGAUGUCCGCCACAAUUGAUACGCGCGAGUUCUCAAAAUAUUUUGCUACCAGUACAUCGUUUCCGCCCGUGGUAACCGCAAGUCACGGCCGAAAGUAUCCGCUGGUGAAAUUCUAUCGCGAUCAACUCCAAAAUAUUCAUUGGAUGGAUGAACCGCCACAGAGAGAGCCCGGCAUAACAGACGACGGCUAUGAUGAUGCCGUUAAAAUGCUCCUGAUCAUUGAUAAUAUGGAACGCAAGGCGGCUGAAACAUCACAGCAGUCCUAUGAGGAGGCAAUGCGCAUUGGAGCAGUGCUCAUAUUUCUGCCUGGCAUUCAUGAGAUUGAUACCAUGACAGAUCAUAUUAACGCCGUCGUAGACAGAAAUCCCAGCAUGAAAGUGACCAUUGUGCGCUGUCACUCCUUGAUGUCGCCAGAUUCUCAGGAAGAAGUUUUCCAACCGCCACCAACUGGUCAUCGCAAGAUAAUACUGACUACAAAUAUUUCCGAGAGCUCUAUAACCGUACCAGAUGUGUCCUAUGUGAUUGACUUUUGCUUGACGAAAGUUCUUUACACCGAUUCGGCUACCAAUUUCAGCAGCCUGCGCUUGGAAUGGGCCUCUAAAGUAAACUGCCGCCAACGUGCUGGACGCGUUGGACGCCUACGAAGUGGACGUGUUUAUCGCAUGGUAACCAAAGAUUUUUAUAUUAACGAAAUGAAAGAAUUUGGUGUGCCCGAAAUGCUUCGUUCGCCUCUUCAAGCUUCCGUACUCAAAGCUAAGGAACUCGAAAUGGGCAUGCCAACGGAAAUUUUAGCCUUGGCAAUGUCGCCACCAAAUCUAUCGGACAUACACAACACAGUGCUGAUGUUAAAGGAAGUUGGAGCCCUUUACACUACAGUGGAUGGCGUUUACGAGGAUCUCGACGGCGAUCUUACCUAUUGGGGUACAAUUAUGUCCAAGCUACCUCUUGAUGUGCAUUUGAGUCGACUCAUCAUACUUGGCUAUAUCUUUAAUUGCCUGGACGAGGUCAUAAUCAUCGCUGCUGGUAUGAAUGUACGGGGUUUGUUUCGAUCCGGCAAACACUUGAAUGAUGCAUUUUGGAUGCAUUACAUAUUUGCCGAUGGUUCAGGCUCGGACUUAGUUGCCAUUUAUCGUGUGUAUAGGAUCUAUCUGAGCAUGUGUCAGGAUCGAAUGCUCACAGAGUCGGCACGGCAAUGGGCUCGUCGAUUUAAUGUUAACCUACGCUCGCUCAAGGAGAUGCAUUUAAUGGUACAGGAACUGCGCCAACGCUGCGUGCGUCUUAAUCUACAGUCUAUGCCCUUUGAAGCCUGCCAGCCGUGGAAUGAUCGCGAAAAGGCGAUAGUCUUGAAGGUGAUCAUUGCCGGCGCAUUCUAUCCCAAUUAUUUUAUGCGCACUAACAAAGUUAAUGAGGAUUACGAUCGCGACAUAUACCACGCUAUUUGUGGCAAGGAUCCGUGUCGCACAGUCUUCUUUACAAAUUUUGAUCAACGCUACUUGGGUGAACUUUACACGCGUCGCAUCAAGGAACUCUUUGCAGAGACAAAAAUUAAACCGGACAAAAUUGAUGUCACUUUUCAACAUGGAUCGGAAAAGAUAUUUGUGACUUUCAAACAGGACGAAGAUGAGAGUGAAACCGCAAAUACAAUUCAAGUACCAGGUCGUGUUAUGACUGAGGUCUACAAAGCAGUUCGCAUGCGUUUUCAAAAUGUUAAUCGUCGACUGCUUGUAAUGGAACAAGACUAUGCCCUUAAUUAUGUGCGGCAACGUCAGAUUGGUGUAGUCAAUCACUGUGUCUGGGUUCCACCAUCAAAGGAAUGGAAUGUGGAGCUCCUUACCUUGCCUUCUGUCUUUGAUAAGACUCUCACAGGCAACAUUUCGCAUAUUGUGAACUGCGGAAAAUUUUACUUCCAGCCAUGUGUGAUGACUGAGCGUAUUAGAAGUAUGACGGAGAUAUUUAAUGACCCACAACAUCUAAAAUGUCUCGUGAAGAGAGCGAGCGUCAUUACCAAAGGUCUAAUGUUGCUGGGACAACGGGAGCACGUAUUUCAGCGUGCAGUGGUAGUAAAAGUGGAGACUCAGACAAGAGAGGAUCCGAAAUUUCGUGUGCGUUUUAUUGAUUAUGGCGAUACUGCAUUUUUAUCCAUGAAUCAGCUACGUUUAAUGCCAAAUGAGCUAGAACAUGAAUUUCAGCAACUGCCACCACGAAUGUUUGAAUGCCGGCUCGCUUUGGUGCAGCCAUCGUCGGUGUCAAGCGUCUAUAAUCGUUGGCCGGAGAAGGCUGAUGAAAUGUUACGCUCUCUGUCCAAAUGCGGCUCCAUCGAGUUGGAGAUUUACUCAUUGGUUGACAACGUGGCCGCUGUCAUAAUACAUAUGCGCGACGGCAUUCUUAACGAGAAACUGGUGGAGCGUCAACUGGCUCGACGUGCUGACGAGGACUAUAUGUCUCGAAAGGAUCACGAUUUUCGUACACGCAAACAGGAAAGCAAGCGGUUUGUGACCUUUACAGAACAGCGGAACAUUAAUGAGCAUUAUUUGCGCUUCGCUCAACAACCAGUGGAUGUGGACUUGGAACCACCGCCUCUGAAUAAAUGCAACCGAAAUAUAUGCAUUAAAGGUCCAUUCAGUCCAUUAGAGACAAGCUUAAGCUCCAUGAUACGCAUUGGCAUGUAUAAGUCAGUCUCAAUUGAUCGAGAUUCGGUUAAUGCCGUGCUUUUGGAUUCCGACCCACAAGACCGUCACGAUCAGAUUGUGGUGGCUGCUUCGGUGGCCGAGAGUGGUGGUGAACAUUUGAUUGCCCGGGGCACAACGUUGAUGCCAAAUAUCCAUGGCUUUGGUGCACUAAUGACAAUGCUUUUUUGCCCCACCAUGCAAAUCAAAUGCAAUAAAGAGCACUCGAAGUACGUUUGUCUGUUGGCCGGACUGGGGUACAAUCCAAAAACUAUGGAGCCAUACUAUGAAGAGCAUGACAUGAUAGUCAAUUUGGAUGUCUGUAUACUCAAGGAUGACAUUCGUAUUAUAAACCAAAUGCGUUAUACUAUGGAUGGUUUUCUGUUUAACUAUGAUGCUAAUGAAUUGCCCUCAGCAGGAGUUCAAAAUCGAGUUGUCUUCUUUAAUAAUCUGCGCUCUUUGCUUACAAGACUACUCAGCAAGGAUCGAAGUUUUAUUGAACGUCAUGUAUCGAGUUCUGAAUACGUUUGGGAGAAUAUGGAUGAUAUGGAGCCUCCCUCAGAACCAUUUGGUAAGCGUGCCAUUUUUCCGUUGCAUUGCUCCCACUAUCUGGGGAACGAAGACAUGAGCAACUUGAUGGCUUUAAAAGCAAAUUGCAAGGAGCUUUAUGAUUGGCGACACUUUGAUGGCACUAUGACAACCAAGACUUGCAGAUUGUGCAACCAAACUCUAGAGAGCGUCGACCAGUUGCGUUUACAUUUGCUAACCCAGCUGCAUCGCGAUCGUGAGAAGCAAAUUGGCUGGAAGGAGCAGUAAAAUAUCUAUACAUAUAUUCAGUUAAUUUCCCUUUGAAGCCCAACAUUACAAUGAGCUUCACAUUUAAUCUUUUUUGAAAUGGAUUUCUUUAGUUUAUGUGCUAGAAUUUUCAAAAAAUUAACUUAAACAAAUCAAAGGACAAACAACGAAGAGAGAGACAUUAAGUUAUCUAUUUUGAAAGUGAUUUCUAUAGUUUACAUAUUAUGCCUUAAUCGCAAAAAUGUAUAUAUAGUUGACAUUGAAUUAAGUUGAACAAUUAUUAUUUAUGCCAAAAAUUUACUUGAAAAUGCAAAGUACAAACAAACUAGA